AUGGAUGAUGCGGAAAUCCGAGCGCAGCUGAAGGAGUUAGGCGAAAAAUGCGGACCUCUUACUGCUACUACGCGAAAGAUCUACAUUAAAAAGAUUGAGAAGCUCAGAGCUGCGAGAGGCACUCCAAAGAGCGCGCCACAAAAAUCGUUCUUUGAAAAAACGACUUCCAAAACGCGAAGUCAGCAGCAGUUCGUGGUCGAAGACUCUAGCGGAGAUGAAGAUGAUGAGCCAGAGGCAGAACCUGAGACCAUAUUUAAAAAGCCGAAGACUAUGACCGAAAACGAGGACAUCAACAUGGCUGAUCCGGCCAGUCUUUCGAAUGAAGAAAUCAUCAAAGUUCUCCGCUUCUACGGAAUUCGUCAUGGCCCGGUCAAUCCACAGACGAGAAAGGUCUACCACAAGAAGAUCCGCGAGGCGCAGGGAGAAUCCACUCAAUCUUCAUCCUUGCUUGAGUUUAGUACUGACGACGAACCUGCUCGAAGUGACUACAGACAGGAGCGCCAGGCGCAAAAAGUGCUCGUGCGAAAAUCUCCCAAAAAAUCUCCAAAGAAAAAUGCAGUUCAAGAGGUUUACCGGCCAGAACCGCAGGUCAUCGAACACUUUUCAUCUUCUGAAGAUGAGGAGCCACUUCCGCCCAUGGUCGAUAUGGGCACAUCUUGUCUCGAAUCAUCUACGUUGCUUGAGACGCCAGAAAAAGCUCCAUCAAGAACUCCUCUUAGAGAGCGAAAUACAAAGCCAGUGGUGGACUAUUCCGAAUCACCUCUCAAACAAACUACCUCUAAAAUUUCACCUCUUGCGACUGAGUCAACCUCUAACUACGUGUCGCCCGUUGUCCGACCUAGAAAUGUAAAAAGAACUCCUCCCCGUCCAGUUUCUUCCGUCAAACGGCGCAGCGACGAAGGAGUCCUUCCUGUUCCUCAGCCAAGCAGUCACCGAAGCCCUCCUCCACCUAAUCGACAUGCCUCAAUCCUCACGCAAGCGACACCUCAGCCUCCUGAGAAGCGUCAACGAACUGAAAAAUCUCGUCUCCCUCAGCCAAAUGAACCCGUUGAGGAUACAUUUGCGAUCCGCUUCUCGCAAUAUCUCCCCUUUAUCGCCCUUGGAGGCUUCUGCUUUAUCGUCGGCAUCUAUUGCUUCAAGGCUGGUAUCACCAUUCUCCCCAGUGUUUCAGACGAGGUUGAUUUUGUCGAUCAAACCCCCAUGGAAACGACCGAAAUCGGCGAAAGCAUCAAGUCCAAGCUCGUUGAUCUUUUCAAUCAAGUCGAGUACGAUACUCGAACAGCCGUCUGCGAUUUUACGAAUAUCGUCACUGGCCCGCGUGAUGUCUCCAAGUUGACCCCACUCGCCUCGCUCAAUUUUGGCGAUGAAAUCAACAAGGAAAUAACUAAUGAAAUAAUGACAAAUGAAAACAUCGCUAACUACCUCAAAAUAAGCGAAGAUGGAUUUGUGAGCCUCAACGAUGAUGCCAAGAUCGAUCUUGGUUUCUCCUGUGGGGGUGUUAAAUUUCUCUCAGAGAACUAUUUCAAAAUCCGAGUCGCUACUGUCAUCUGCGUGCUAUCGAUGAUUUUGUCCUAUUUCAUGAACAUGGUGGCAGCUAAGAGGAGAAAGAACGAAAUAGAGAUCCAGCAAGUUGUGCGAGAGAUUAUCGACUGUCUUCAGAAUCAUUCUGCUCGUCAUGGAAGUACAGGAAUGUCAGUCGAGCGCAUCCGCGACCAAAUCAUCCCCAUGGGAGACGUAACUCUCGGAAAGCUUUGGCCACAGGCUGUGAAUUCCAUCAAGCGGGAUAGUCGGCUCCGAACGGAGCAGAAAGUUGUCAACGGCGAAGAGGGAGAAUACUGGGCGUGGAUUGAUCAAUCAAUCAAAGCGCACGAUGAGACCACUUCGCGAGCUGCUCCUCUCGCGGAAUGUCUGAAGAUUCGAAACAUGCUAGCUCAGAAAGACUUCAACCCUAAAGAGCAUGAAGAAAUAAAGGAGACCCUGAUCAAGUGGUGCGACGGUAUCAACGGAGUGGUCGACAUUGACAUGGUUCCAAGCGAUGGAACUGUCUAUGUCAAGUGCUCCAGCACUGAGAAAGCUGGAGAAGUAUACGAUCGAAUCCGAGCCUACUGGUACAAACGACAGCUCAUUCAAAUAAAAUACGUCAAGCUUGAUGUCUAUCAUCGCCGCUUCAAAAAUAGUGCCAGAAAGACCACCAUCAUCGCUUAG